AUGACUCACUUUCAAUGUAACCAGCGAUCACAGCCUGACCACUCACUUUCUUUUCGUUGUUUUAGACGCGCAACUGCCGGAGUCUGUGAGACAACUACCGUCACGUCGUCCUGUGAGUGUACCGUCGAUGACCCGGACGACGGAUUCAGGACCGUUACUGUGACUAUCGACAAACAGGAGCAACCUACGGGAAACCUGGGAGGCUGCCCAGAUGCAAGCGUUACUCAGGAACCCUGUAAGUGUGAACCUUGCACCGGCAAAUGGGAGGAUGUGAUCAUCAGCGGCAACAGAUCCAGAUGCCAAUGGAAUGGGAAUGCCUGUGUACAGAAAGAGAAGUUUGUACUUGUCAACAACAAUGGUGACAUUUAUGAGGAUCAAGAUGAUACGGCAAAUAUUUCGGAAUGCCUGGAAAGAGGAGCAUGCGACCCAUGUGUAGAGGAGUAUAUAGACAUACAAAGCAACGUACUUUGCGGGUCUGGUACUCAGUAUGGAUUCUACAACAAGACUCAGGAACCAGGCAUUGCCAGCGAAGGGGGUAAUAAGGGCGACGAAUUGUCGUGCAAGUGCGAGGACAGCGGUGUUCUAUGCACUAGUGGGCAAUGGGUCGAAUUACCGGAGGAUCAGUGCACCGGCAGCAACAGCAACCCCUGCAAGUGUGAUGAGCUCGAUGUAGCAAAGUUCUACCGCCCUCCCAUCGAUGCGGACAGUUACUUCCCUACUGGUUUCCCAGCCAACAAGAACGCGUUGAAGUACAAGCUGCGCGAGGUGGAUACCACUUCUGUGUUCAGUCUGGAGGAACUGAUUGAGAUCGAAAACGAGGAGAACCGGAAGGUUGUGUACACAGCUGAGUUCCGGGAUGCCACGAUCGAUAUAAAGUCACAGGUGACGGGCAAGUCACUUAUCAAGUCCUUGUUUGGGGAUCAGACCAAGGAUGUGAGCAUAGGCGCCACUACCACUGUGAAGGUACACUUUCCAUAUAGCGACCGAUCCCUUAAGUCUACCUUCAACACCGACCUCGACAGUACCUUGGCAAACAGCGACAACAAGGAAUAUCAGGCAUUCACAGUCGAGACCAGUGCGUAUGGUCCGGUCACGGGUGGUGGCAACCAGGUGAACGCCAUCUCAGGAUCUUAUGGGCUGGAUAUAACCGUUACUUACAAUUACGAAGGGUGCAAGCUUAACCCUGAGGUCGGUUACAAGGCAACUCAGUACUCGGAGUGUACCGCGGAUGAAAGUGUGUAG